CGGAAGAGUCCGUGUUUACAGCGCAGCUUUUGCUCCACGUUAGCAUCGUUGAUUUGUCAAGAAGUGAACAGGGAUUUAUAUUCCGCUUUUGUACCUAACAGUUUAAUGAUUUUGUAAAAUAAUUAUUAUUUCACGCCACGAUUAGCAUGUUUGUUUGGAGGCGGAAGUGCCGCCGACACGCAUAGCAAUGACGAGCUGGCUAACGUAGCGCCGAGGUUAGCCAGCUAGGAACCUAGCAGCACAAGCUAACUUCUCACACAGCAGCGGUACAUCCAACACGGUGACACAGGUCCAGGAACCAGAGCAGCCAUGGGUGCGGAGAGCAGCGCGGUGCGGAGCUGUACCCUGGAGGAGCCGCUCCUGACCCUGCCCUCCGGACUCACCAUGUACUCGGCGAUGCUCCAGGAUGGAAAGCCUGCAUCCGUGUUUGUCUACAAGCGGGACAAUGAGGACAAAGUCAACAAAGCUGCUAAGCACCUAAAGACCUUGAGGCAUCCAUGUCUGCUGCGCUUCCUGUCCUGCUCAGUGCAGGACGGCGGCAUCCACCUGGUGACGGAGCGUGUGCAGCCCCUGGAGCUGCUGCUGGACAGCCUCUCCCCAGAGGAAAUUUGCGCAGGCAUCUAUGACAUCCUGCAGGCACUUGUGUUUCUGCAUGAGAGGGGUAAAUCAAGCCACAACAACGUUUGCAUUUCGUCUGUAUUUGUCAGUGAGGAUGGUCAUUGGAAACUGGGAGGGAUGGAGACUGUCUGCAAGUUCUCUGAGGCAACGCCUGAGUUUAUCGCAAGCAUUAAAAAUGUGAGAGAGGCCAGCUGCAUCCCUCCAGAAGAGCAGGUUGAGGGUUUUAAAACGCUUCCUGAUAACAUCGCUCACUCUCGGGACUGUUACUCUUUUGGAAUGAUGGUGGAGACGCUCAUCACUCUCCUGAACGGCCAUGUGUCACAGGAGCUGUCUGACAGUCUGGACAAGACCCUGCAGGCAGGCCUGCUGAACCCCGACCCCUUAUCUCGACCUCCACUCAGCUCCUUGCUGACUCAUGACUUUUUCAGGAAUGACUUUCUGGAGGUGAGGACUUUUCUGAAGAGCCUGACCUUGAAGAUGGAAGAAGAAAAGAAUGAAUUCUUUAAGUUUCUUCUAGACCGGGUCCAGAGUCUCCCUGAAGAGCUGAUAGCUUCACGCCUAGUCCCCAAACUCCUCAACUCUCUUGUUUUUGCUGAACCCAUGGCUGUUAAAAGCUUCCUGCCUCAUCUUCUAAGGCCAAAGAAGGAUUCAGGUGGUGGCAAUGAUGAAGAAUGCCUGCUGUCUGUGUCCCUUUACCGUAAACAUGUGAUUCCUCAGCUUCUCAAGCUCUUCAAAGUCAACGAGGAACACAUCCGGAUUGUGUUGCUGGCUCACAUCCACAUCUACGCUGAGUUCUUCUCCCAUGAUGAACUCAAAAACCAGAUCCUACCUCAGGUUUUGCUAGGAAUGCGAGACACCAAUGAUUCCCUGGUUGCCAUGACAUUGCAGAGUCUGGCAGUGUUGGUGCCCUUGCUGGGUGCUCAAGUGGUUGUUGGUGGAGAGAGGACCAAGGUCUUUAAACGCACCACACCCAACUUCACCAGGUCUACAGAGGUCACCCCCGAAACUUCACCUGUGCAUAUAGUUGGAGGCUCCCACCCUCAGAUGGCCCAGCCUUCAAAAGGCUUGUAUUUGUUCCCCAGACCAUCAGGGACUGAAGGCCUGGUCCUGGGUCAUAUGGAUAGCUUACCUGCUAGUAGGGAGACUCCAAGAAUUUACCCUGUGCCACCAAAAUCAGAUGUCAGCAGACAAAUGUCUCUACCUUUGAACGGCUUUCGUCAGGACACUGCGAUAGAGCCCCUGUCAUAUAGCCCAGAGCAGACUGACAGACGAGAGGGUCCAGUGGAAGACUGGCCUGACUGGAGCGACCCUGAAGAGAGUGAGAACAGAGGUGGACAGUCAGUCCAGAUCCGCAUUCAGGCCUCAGAGAGAGAAGAUCCCGUCAGCAGCAGACUGCCACUCAUGCACUCAAACAUGGAAGAGGAGCCUUGGGAUGACUUUGAGGACACUGAACCUACCUCAGAUCUCUCCCCUACAGCUCCUCUGUCUGACCCAGUUAUACUCACACCACCCAGAGGGGGCACCACUACACCUGUAAAACAUGCUCCUGAGGCAAUGAGACUGGGUUCCUCCAAACCCCUCAAACUGACCUCAAGCCUGCUACAGCCCACCCAAAGCAGGACCACUUCCUCAUGGGACAAUGGCUGGGCUCAAGAGACAGACUCAGAAAAAUCACACAACCCAUUAAACCCCAAACCCACAGUGCCACAAAAGAAUGGUGGAAGAGGAGGUCUGGGAGAGGAGUUCACCAUUAGGGUGAAGAAAAAGGAAGAGCCAGAUCCAGAGCUGGAUUUGUUUGCAGACAUGGUGCCGGACAUCAAACUGUCCUCUUCAGCUCUGCUGCCACUGGACAAGUGCAGUGUGAGUGAUGCUGGACUGCCAACAGCCUCCUCAGAAAACACUAAAUCUCUGCAGGUUGACUCAUCCAUCGAUACUGUAACACUCACUGCCAAGUUCGCAGUUGCCAACCAGACUGAGGCUGAAACAGAUGGUUGGGGAGAUGGAGAUGACUUGAACUGGGAGGAUGAGAGUGCCUGGUGAUGACGUUUGAUCCCUCUGCUUCAUCUUGAGCAAAAGACUCGACCACUGGAAAACUCAAAUGCUCAAAAUGCACCGUUUCAGAGACAGUCGAGCUGAAAGUUGCUCCAGUUCUCAUUUAACAGCAUGAUGCAGUAAGAAUGACAAUGAUGGACUCUUUAUAACCUGGACAUUUAUUAUCAGUCUGUUCAUUAAGAUAACUUGCUUUUAAACGGGAAGGACUGGAAGCUUAUCAGAAGAUGCUGGACUUGGAUAAAUGAAGCCAUUGUAUUUUUGUUUGCCAGCUAAUACUAGUCACCUCUAGACAAAUGAGGAUCUUAAUCAGAGGUGAAGGUCAUCUUGUUUUCAUCUGCUUCUCUCUCUCUCUCUUUUUUUUUUUAAUGUGCCAACUUCACAACUGGCAUGAAGAUCAAGAUUUACUUUUUGGCAAGACACAACUUGUCCAAAAUGUGUCGGGUUUGAUUUACAGAAGGCUUGCACUUUGAAUGAAUGUGAAAUAGAAAUUACGUAAUUUAUUAGCUUUUUGGUUGCUGGUGAAGUAAAGAUUUUACUGUAUCAAA